UGCGGACGAUCAGAGGAAGAGGAGAACGUCCUGAGAAGUCGAAGGAGGCGAAGGCCAUGGCGCUAUUCGUGUUGCGGACGGCAGCGCUCACUGCCUUGCUUCUACUCGCCGCUAGUGCACGUCCUGCACGUGCUUUAGGUCGCCAGCCCGAAGUGCCCAUUACCUCGGUCACUUACGGCGGCACUGGUUGCAGCUGGGACAACACCAACUACGUUCUGUCCCCUGACUACAGAAGUGUCACGUUCAUUUUCGGCGGCAUGCUUGUGACCACCGACGGAAGCUUCGCCGACCGCAAGAAGUUCUGCCAGGUCUCGUUGGGGUUGGACUUUCCUGAUGGCUGGUGCACCACGGUGCCCAAGGUGACGGGAAGGGGGUUCGCGGACGUGGAAAGAGGCUCCAAGAUCAUCUACGAGUUCGUCUACUACUUGUCCGGACAGCCGGGCACGGCCAAAGUCCAGCGCACCAUCAAAGGCCCGGCCAAACGGAUCGUCGAGUUCAGGGAACACUUCAGUCCGAUCGUGCGGAGCCAGAGCAACGGCGCUGUCAAUCUGAACGUCAAGAUCUUGGCGACGGCGGAAGGCAGCAAGGCGACGAAUAUCGGCGACUCCGACGAUGACAAGUUCCGCCUGGGGUUGAGCUUCAAAUGGAAACGCUGCUGAGAGGGAGGUGCUGAGAGGACCCCAUCACCUCUCACGUGGGUGGGGUCUGGCAGGAGUGUUGGAGGUUAACUUCGGA